UGCGCUCAUCUGCACCAGCUGGGGUUUUUCCAGCAUUUGUUUUCUUUUCAUUUGACAAGUCUGAGAAGAAGAGAGAAGAAGUGCGUUUUUCUCUUUGGAUUCCGGACUUCUUUACUGAGUUUUCCUUUUUGCAUCAAGCAUGGAUGUGUUGGCGAAUUACAGUAUUUUCCAGGAACUCCAACUCGUUCAUGACACUGGUUAUUUCUCCGCGAUGCCUUCCCUGGAGGAGAACUGGCAGCAGACAUGUCUAGAGCUGGAGCGGUAUCUACAGACGGAGCCCAAGCGACUCUCAGAGCUCUUUGAUGAGGAGCUGGACUGUCUCUUAACACCAGCAUUCAUGCAGAGCGGGGACAGUGAUGAGGACCUGAUGGACCCCCUCCUCCCCAGCCUCCCUGACCAGCCCAGCCCGCCUCCACUACUUGUAACUCUCCCCAAGGUCCAGGCGAAGAUCCUUCAGGUGCCCAACCCCAGCAAGACCCAAGCGGAAGCAGGGACUGAAACCUUCACAACCAAGGAGCAAGUCCUCGGAGGGGUCAGCGCUGCGCAGCUUAGCGCUGCUGUGACAUCCCUAACACCGCCGUCAUCACCGGAGCUCGGCCGCCACCUCAUCAAACCCACACAAACGCUCACUGCGACAGCAGACGGUACCUUAACACUCAAAUUUGUGGCGAAGAAGGUAGGGUUAGGGGCCGCUAAGCUGGUGGCAGCACGAGCGUUACCGUCCCCACCGAGCCGAGGAGGGACCCUCAGUGACAGCGAGCAGGGAGGAGGAGGAAGUCUGGGCGGAGAUGUACCAGAGAACAAGAAGAGAGUCCACCGGUGCCAGUUUAACGGCUGCAGGAAGGUUUACACCAAGAGCUCCCAUCUGAAGGCACAUCAGAGGACCCACACAGGUGAGAAGCCCUAUAAGUGCUCAUGGGAGGGCUGUGAAUGGCGUUUUGCCCGCAGUGAUGAGUUGACACGACACUACCGCAAACACACCGGAGCGAAGCCAUUCAAGUGCAACCACUGCGACAGGUGUUUCUCUCGGUCAGACCACCUGGCCCUGCACAUGAAGAGGCACAUCUGAGGGCAAAAAGAGGAGUGGGAGAGGAGGAGAAGCAAGAGGAGGAGGAGGAGGAGGAGGAGGAGAGAUAGGAGGAAAGAGGGAUGGGCAGUCAAGCUACCAACCGCUCACCUCGUUCACCCCGUUGAAAAACCAGUCAGCGGCCAUGACGCCUGCAGGGCAGCGCAUCCAUCUGAGAGGGCCAUAACGAUCGAACAGACUGACGGCCCUCCAAUCGAAGACGGGGACUGGAGGAGAACGAGGAGUAGCUAGAUAGUUGUUUUUCUUUAAAACUACACACUUACACACUUGCAAUAGUAAACAGUCCGCACACCUGUCUUUUAACGCAUCAUCCCGGUGACCCCCGGCCUCUCUCACAUUGCUCUGGGGGCUUGGACACUGCCAAACCAACAUAUACUCGACUCGCUUGAUGAAAUCACCUUUUUCCUUUCUCUGUAUUCAGUGUGUUUAAACCAUAAAGUCACUUUGGGUGAGGAGAUAGUUCAGUGGGGAAACUUUAAAUAUCCGUAUAGUCAGUUGUUAGUGCUUUACCGGCUUCUGAAAUCAAAUACUCAACUUUUUUGCUUUGUUUUUUUUUAAAUAUUUUUCAUACACGGAACAUAAGAAACCAUCACCUGCCGCAGUCAGCUUCAGAAAUCUAUGUGAAGAAAACAACAAUGCCAAAUCUGCAGGAGAGAGACUGUACAGAUUGACUUCUAGCAUGGCUGACAAUCGAACCCAGGGCUCGGAUGCUGGGUGUUUUGGUGCACCCAUGGGACUUCGGUCAGCGGGUGCUGCUGCAACUCUCAGGCUCUCCUUCAGUGGGUGUUUGCAUCUCUCACCUUCACCGAGACGCCUGCUGCCUCCGCAGGCCAUCUGACAGAAAUGCGCAGCGACACUUUCUUCCCUUUUUUUCUACUUAGAGAACAAUAAUUCUUCUUGUUGUUAUUACAAAGAAUGAUACUUCGUUCUUUUCUCUCUUGGAGAAAAUGUCUUAAAACUCACUGAAUUGUGUUUGAGAAAACAAACUGAAAAUCUGAAGAUGACUUCAACAGAAUGUGUGGGAUGUGAAGGAGAGCGUUGUUGGUCUUUUAAUCCCCAUGUGCACUGACUCUGCUUCUGUGGUCUGUGAGCAACCAGAGGAUGAACAAAAAAACAGAAUCAUACCAACUCUCAGAAAACGGAUUUGUAUUUUUUUUUUUUGACUAAAAUAAAAGAAGAGAGCAGAGAGGUCUUCAUUUUUUUGUGCUGCUCUCUCUGCCCUGUGAUUCACUCCAGCUGAAAAAUGAAACCCUAGCUUGACCCUCCGUGGACUCGCACACUACCAGAGUCAGGCGGAGGGCUCGCUAAAAACUGGAAACCUGUUUGUUUUUUCUCGUUUUGUUUUUCAUUUUUGAUUUCUGUUGAUUCUGAAAGUCAUCCUGGAGCGCUUUCACAGACUCUGAGAUCUCAUCUUCCUGGCAGCACUGCAGGGAAAGAAAGGAGGUUGAAGAGCUGCUUUUUGGUUAUUCAUGUGGGACUAAAGACGCCAACCAACCUCUGUGUGGUGGUGCCGAACGGACACGGUCACACCGGCCCGGUCAAAUUUUGCCUGUUUCGUAUCCAUUGACUGCACUGACUUUUUUUCAAUGUUAUCUGUGCUUUUUUUUCUACAGCGAAAAAUACGAAAAAAAAAGAAACACAAAGAAAAAAAAUCAUAAAAAGACUUGAAAAAAUACAAUACAAAAACAAUGCUGUCUCGCUCUACACAUUGCAUACAGAACAAACACGUACUCGGUCAACAUGCACACAAACACACACACACUGCAGUUUCCUUGCUCACGGCUCUUCUUGAGAUAAGACUAAUACGAUUUAGGAAAAUAAUUAUUAAACUAAUGAACAGAGUUGGAAAACAAAACACUGCAUGGCAGGCUUUAUUGCAAAUGCACACACACCAGCUCAUGAACACACGCACACACAUGCACACUCUUCCUGGAAUUAUAUGUUCUGCUCCCAAAUCUUUUUUCACAGUAGGAAUUUAGCAACUGUUGUUUAGUAGAAGAGUAUCUUAGCUCUCAGCUGGAGGUAACAAACAAUUUCAAAUCCUUUGAAGUGAGAAAUCAGCUUGUUCUCAGUUCCAACAAUCACCCACAUUUCCCUCGCUACAGUUUGUGCCUCUCAUUUAAUCAGCGUUUUUUACUUCAGAGAGUCUGGUUACAUUGGUGGUUACAGUUCAGCGUAUGAGUCGCUGUUUUCAGCAAAAAUAAACAGAAGUAAAACAACUGCAGCAGGUCUUUUAACAAAAUUUACAACAUGUUGAAAACGUUGCUGAUCCUCAAAGACCCUUCUACACUCGAGUACAGUGAACUGAUCCAAACAAUCAGGUCUUGAAACGUUCUCCAAAAUUGACAGAAAACUUGGGAUAAACCAUGAUUUAACCUGGAAAUCAUUGGAAAUCAUGGUUGGUACAUCUGGCUGAUGAAAGUCAAACUUAGUAUGUUUAGGAUAUCUGGACUCACAAAUACUCACAGGCCAAUGUAACGGUCAUUUAGUUUCCAUGAGCAUGAGUAGGAACCCAGCUAAAAGGUUUUAAUUCACUGUAUAUGGGAGGAAGUGUGUAUUUUUUAAGUUAUGUCUCUUCUGUAUUUUUCCAGGAUGGAGUCUUAUGGUCCAGUUACAUCUGCAUUCACGACGGUGACAUUUUGCACAGAAUUCAAUCCAUUUGAACAGAAUUGUCAUAAUAAGAGAACUGACUCAUGAUAGCAAAGUCAAUCUGCAAACUUUACAGAAUGCAGAAUUUAACUUUAGCACACUAAAGAUAAAUAAGUAAAUAAAUACCUUUUAAUACCAAAGGCCUGUGGGUGUUUUGCUAACAGUCCUUUGCAAGCUUCUUAACUAAUGUUUGAUGAAAAUAAUGGCUCAUUUCUGUGACCUUAAUGUAAUCAUUAGCAUUAAAACACAUCUCGAAUGUAAAAAAUAAAAAUAAAAAAUAAAAUCAUCUAAAACAUGAGAGGUGGAAACUGGUGCAGGCACAUAUCCACACCACCUGCUUCCUUCGCUCAUUGGUUGGAGAAAAAAAAAAAACUCGCCUUGCAAUCAGGGCAUUACUGAUACCGCCAACAUCUACGCUAACACUGACACCGCUGGUCCAUCCGCCCACCACCACCUAUAUGCCCCGUAGCACAUGCAAACAGUCUAAUACUCACUGCUGCUGACUGGUGCGGCUGGGUGAGGGUGCAGGGUUCCUGAAGCUGGCAGGAGAUUUCACAUCCCAUUGUGCCCAGUCAUCGUGCCAGUCGGCCUCGCCAGCCUUCAUUAGGUGAAACGGUGAAAACAUUCCCCUUCAGGGGGGUUUAUGGUGCAGCUUCGAACAAUCAAUACCAAAAACCUCCAGCAUGGAACUGCCCUUUAGCCACGGGCAGAGUCUCCCUGGUCAGGAGAGAUCAGCAGGAGCCCGCCUCCAUAUGAGGCCUCCGUAUCCAGCGGCAGCUUUCUCUACUAACUCUCUCUAUCUGCUAAAUAUGACGUAAAGCAACCCACGUUUGAAAUGAAUCCAGUGUUUCACUUUUGAUUUUAUUUCAUUGUUACUGGUUUCUGUUACAAAAGCUGUAUUGAUGGUUGUUUUCUGCAGCUUGGAUGAUGCAAAGUCAUGCCAAAAUGUCGAGACAUGCAAAGGGAUGCAUAAGGAGCCCUCCUUUACAGGACGUACAAUCAUAGAGGGAUGGGGAUAGUAGCACUUUUGUGAGGCUUUUGAUGGCAUGAAUGUGUAUUUGUGUGCGUGUAUGUGUCCCAUUAGGCAUACUGUGAGGGAGGCAGUGAUUCAGCAAAGUGGUUGAUAACAGAUUUUUAGCUGCUGAACACGCGUGUUGGUUGAUAAGUUGGUUGAUACAUUUGCUGUUGGAAAAUGCUUUAAGUCAAAGCAGUGGCCUACGAUGUGUUUAUUAGGUUUUUUGUUCUGACCCUUCAUUUGUUCAUAUCUUCAAGUCAUGGAGCUCAAUCACUUAAGUCAAUAAGAUGCAAACUUGCACUCCAGACUAAUGCCUGCUAAAAUCUCUGCCAGAUCAGUUUUCUUAAGGACAUUAAUGGCUCAUUAUUUUCUGUUACUUUUUCUUUUUCCCCCAAAUCUCAGGAUUUGUCAGUAUUUGUUCUGAUUAUUAAAACACAGGCGAAACAAUGAUAAUAAUAUUUCAGAUAUCUAGAUGUAAAUCAGAUCUUAAACAGCACAAAUACUGUAGUUUAAUCAUUUCAUACAUAAAGGAAGUCAGAUGCAAGCAGAAGCAGCUCAUUUGAAUUUUGUCCUCGUUUGUCCUGUCACUUUGUAUUACCGGACACAUUUUCUAAGCUGCUAAUACCGCAGGAGGACCUAAUUUACAGAAAACUGAGGGUAGUCAGUGUCUUCUUGCCGCUGGAAGUAAACUUUUGCAUGCAAAACUUUGGAGUGGAAAAAUUGUUUCAAUUGAUCUGUUCCUUUUAAAUAAAAUAACAUAUUUUUAGGCAAAAGUUGAUAAACAGUGAAUAUGAUGAGCCUUUAGGACAUUCUAAAAGGAAUGCAUCACUUUCGGCACGUUUCUGUGUUGAUAACACACUGAACAAUUGUGCCCCAAACUAUGUAAACAUAACAGGUGGUUGAAGAAUUCAUUUACCAUUUUAGAAGUUCAAGUGCUGGCCAGCAUGCAAGUUUCUCUUCGCUUUAAUUAAAAUCCCUCUUGACGUGACAAAUCUCAAAGUUGCUUCCGAUACAAAUCCACAUUUCUUUCCCUUCAUGUGUCUCAGCCUGGUGAGGCCGGUUUUCUGUCACAGUGUUGCCCCGGGUCUGCUGUCGUCUCUCAGGCUCCUCCAGGCUGGCUAGCUGCCGUCCCACGGCUCUGAUUAGCAUUAGCACUCCCGGGUCCUGUUCUCUCAUUGCAGUUCAGCUAAUGAGAUAGCUCUGGGUCACAUGGAAACCAAGUGGUCUGGAAAAAAUAACAACCGAUUCCAGCGGUCCAUACCCAGUGGACAAAUUUGAUGUAGAAGAAACAAAAGAUCCAGUUAGCACAGAGAAAUGCCAAGAGACAGUGAGAUAUUUGUCAAAGAGAUUAAACUUUGAUGAAAAAAAGGAUUUAAGAAGUCAUUUACCUACAUGUAUAUCCAAAUCCUUAAAUCAGCCCUUGCAUUUUAUCUCAUGUAUUACAGGUAAAAUAAAUUACCAUUUGUCUGCAAAGUCCCAUCAGAUAUUUAAUCCACUCUGUCCCUCAACCCUCCCUCUUCCUUCCCAUUUUAAGUGCCAUUCUUGCUUCCCUCCAUUCCUCCAUCCUCGCCCCCAUCUCUCCCUCUCUGUCCACAGCAGUUGUCCAUGCACUAUCAGCUGCAGGAAUGCUGAAUGCACACUUUACACAUUUUGCCCAAAGAUUUGCAUAUUUGCAAGUUAACUGCUGUGAAUGUAGUAGAUGUAGAGGAACAAGCCGAGAGGCAGAGAUGCAGAAAAUUAGUGAUGGAUGGAAAGUGGAAGGAGAGGGAUUGUUUUUCUUAUGCGCUCGUCCCAUUAAAUCUUAAUUACCGGUAUGCUCCGAAUCUUCAUGCUUCAUAUCAUUCUCAGCCUCUUGUCCACUGUCAGCUGGAGCCGAACUCAUUGUUCACAAAUGUAAAAUAAUGUUCUCAUGGUCUUAUAGGGUGCCCAGUAUAGUGGCGCUAGCAGCUUAAGCAGGAGUGAAGUAGCUUUAGUUUAAGUUAGCUUCUUAGCACACUGCAAAUAGCACUAUCAAGUCUCAUAUUUCAGAGUGAAAGGUGGACUGGAGUCUUUGGAAAUGUUAAACUCCAACUUCAGACAAGUUUACCAUUCUCAAACAUCAAAUGGUCAGAGUUCAGAGCAGCUCAAGAGGAAACUAUACCCUUUGGGACUUACUAAAGGUGCUUUCACACUUGCAGGUUUGUCCAUAUGUUGGAAUGGCUCACCUAAAAACUUUGAAAUAUGAACUGUUUUUUCUGUACUCAGGUGCAAGAGAAGAAGCCGUACAUAAGUCUAUCUGAAUUCCGUGAUCUGAAAUCAGGUCCAGAUGAACUCUGGUACAGUUCCUGUGCAGUCAGAGAGCAGUGAACAAGUGUGAAAACAGACCAGCAUCGCUUUGGAUUCAAACCAACAAACCCAGUGUGAAAACAGACUAUAGACGUCCUCUUUGACCACAGGCAGAUUGUUUGGACAUAGUCCUUCGAGGGGACCAGGCUUCAGUUUCCAUUUUUCCACCAUAUCACCCUGAAGAAUGAUUGUUACUUCUGGCAGCUUUUGUAAAUAGCGUGAGAUCUUACAUACAGACCGCUCUGUGUGAAAUUAACCGUACGUGGCGACAGCACUGUCUCAGACGUUUCAGCAUUUCUAUAGUUCUGCUUUAGUUCUCGCAAACAUUGCACUACAUGAUCAUACUUAGCUAUUGCACUCUCCAUGUGCGCGCACUGCUAGCAUAGUCUGUUGGAGCACUCUGUCAAAUAUCCACUUAACAUUUGUUACACGUCCAGGAUGCACUUUGCCACCAAGAACCAUUUACUAAAGGUCCACUCACGAUAGAUCAGGCUGACAUAUCUACUCAACCUUCCAGUGAAAUGCCUUUUUUUAUCUCUGUAAAUCUGGGGGAAUAUGUUGUACUUUACACUCAGUCAUGCUGUGACUUGGUGUAACUUUCUUGGUAUCAAUCGCAUCCCGGAGUGUCUGUCUGUAACUACUGUGUUUGUCCAUGCUUGAUGUGAGUAUAUAAGAGAUUCACAGACCUUUACCCCUCUCCUUGUGUCUGUAUGUUUCACCUCACCCACACCAUACCCUCUCCACCAAAAACCACAACCGUCAGAGCCCUCUGGGGCCCAACAUGCUGAUAGUCUUCAGAUAUCCAGCUGUACUGGAAAGUAUUCUCAAGAGCUAUGCAGCUUUGGGGGUCGGAGCAGUUCUUUGGUGAGACUGCAAUAACUUUUCCACCUUGCCAACUAAAUGUCCUCGGUCCGUAUAGUUUGUUUAACUUCAGUCGAUCCAUCGAUGUAGGUGCUUUUCCAUCUCUGCCAGUUUAUCUCCUCAGUUAGUCCCUGAUGCUAGAUGCAUGCUUGUUAGUUAAAGACCUACCUUUUGGAGUUUGGCACAGUCUAGGACACACUGGGCAAUUAGACAUUAGACAGCUUUAAAUCUUUCCUCUGCUUCAAAUGCCAAACUAAAGUUUUAGUUAAAUUUUGGUUUAAUCUGAAGUAUUAGAUACUAAAUUAAAUUUUACAUAGUUUUAAAUUUGAAGUUUGUGCAUAGUGUUCAUCUUGCUUGUCCAAAUGGAUGAAGAUGUACACCUGCAUUAAAUGGAGAACCCAUUUCCAAAAGCAUUGCAAUUCAACUGAUGAGUAAUAUAUUACCAUAAUCUACAAAAACGUUAGCCAGGAUAGAGACCAUGACAUUUACCUUUAAAAUUAUAAGCAUCAGCAUCCAAACUAACUCAAACAGAAAUCUGGUGGAGACACAGAACGGACUUUGGUGCCAAUUCUCAUAUUACAUAUUGGUUAAAGUGACUAAUCCAGUGUCAUCGUUUAGUGAAAGCUGGUAUUUUAGCACCAUUAUAUCUAGCGUGUGUCCACGGUCAACUCAAAUCACACCUUUUAAGGAAUGGCAACUAAAUGUUUUCUAGGAAGAAUGGACAUGCAGAGAAGAGAAGAAGAUUGCAGAUGCGUUUUCACCAUCACAACAUCCUUCUCACCUGUGCUACAGGGGCUCUGUAACCCUGAUUACCUUUCAUAUCAACCUUCAGUCCAUAAACUGUCACUCUCACCCGCCUUCCUCUCCUCUGUCACCGUCACAUUUGUUGAGUGUUUUAUUUUUUUUAUUAUUUUGAGUUCUAUUACAAUUUUUUGCUGUACAAAGUGUUUAAAAUAUUAUUUGUAUUAUAUGAUGUUAGUAUGGUAAUGUUCUUUAUUAAGGAAGAAGAAAAUUUAUUUUUGUUACUGGUCUGUUUCAUAAUUCUUUUCUAAAUUGGUAUUGUAAGAUAUCUAUGCAAGAACUGUUAAGUGGAGCAUUUUUAUUUAAGAAUGUAAUAUGUGUAAUAAAUGGUAGAAUCUG